AUGAUAUUGCUCUGGAAGAAAUCGCUGUCUCUGCUGCUGUCUGCAGCACUCAUCAUCGCAGCCUUCGCGGUCGCGCUGAGUGCUGAGGCGCGCCGCAUUGUCGCCGUUGGGGAUCUGCACGGCGACUACGAGCAGAGCGUCUCCGUCUUGCGUCUUACGCGUCUCAUCGACAACCGCAAUCACUGGAUCGGUGAGGAUGCGCUUCUGGUUCAACUGGGGGACAUUCUUGAUGUUGGCCCCGACGAUAUUCUCAUUGUGCGCCUGUUAAUGAGGCUGCAUCAGGAGGCCCACGCCAAAGGGGGCGAUGUGAUUGAGUUGUUGGGCAACCACGAGCUGCGCAACUUCCGGGGUGACUACAAGGCGGUGGACAAGGCGAGCCUGGCCGCUAGUGGUGGACAGAAAGGGCGUGACGUGCUUCUGUCCAACGCGACAGACCUUGGCAGAUACCUGCGAACUCGCAAGGCGAUCUUUCACUACGGCCCGUUUCUCUUCAUGCACGGAGGCUUCUCUACGGCGACGGCCAGCAUGAUCACGAGCCUCAGCAAGGUCGAGCAGUUCAAUUCAGAGCUCACCAAGGCGCUCAUGAACGGCACCAUCUCACCUCUGGCGCGAAACGGACUGAACCUGACUGAGGACGAUGUGGACGACGUCGCCAACCCUAUUCUCGUGCGCAGCGUCUUGAAUGUCAAGUGCAACGCACUGCGAAAGGUGCUCGACAAGAAGUUCCCGGGCAUUCAGUCUGUCGUCGUGGGCCACGUUCCACAUGACCCACGCGACUUCGAUGGCUGGCGGCUCUGCGGGGGUCGGCUUAUCGACAUCGACUUCGGCAUGUCGCGCUGGAAGAAGGGAGACCCAGGGCACGUGGCGGCUCUGGAGAUCGAGGAAGCCACGUGGCAUGUGCAGCUUAUCGAGACGUCCACUGCAUCCAGCUUGGUCUCGGGUACGAGCGCACCUUUCCCGGAUUCCAAGGCGGCCUAUUACCUAGUGAGUCUCUCCGCGCUCAUUGUGGUGGGCGCUGUCGGCGUCUUGCUUGCGGCGUACUAUUUGCAGUUGCGCUCCGCCGCGGCAUGGGAGCCGCUACUUAAAGCGGGCACGAGUCAUUACGGCACAGUGUAG